UCAGGCCAGGUCGACGAGAGUUGAUUAACAAGUAACUCUACGACUGUUUUGGACGUCAUCUCCCUAUACACAAACAAGCCCAGCAUCUUUCUCCAACCCCUUCUCAUAUUCUAAACAGUGCUUGAUUGAAUAUCAACUGGACACGAAUCCCUUUUGCUGCAAAAUAUACAUACCACUUUGAUUUCGCAGCCCGCAAUCACCAUCUACUACCACAAUGGUGCUCUUCGAGAAUCUCGCGACGGAGCUCCUUGUCCAGGUCUUCCGCUCCUGCAAUUCUCUUGCCGACAUUGUCUCUUUAUCUUCGACAUGUCGGCGGUUCCACAACGUUCUCUCGGGCUCACAUAAGCUGCAGCUCCUGGCGCACGCUGCAGAAGCACAAUACGGGCCUCUUGAAGACGCCAUCCAAGUCGUGACACACAACGCAAGCCAACCGGCGCAUAUGAUUCGCCAAGUGCCCAUCUCACUUGCACUACUCCGUCAGAUUGUUGCCGUCGGUCGCGUCGCCGUGCAAUGGGAAGAUAUUUACCCUUUGAAAAAGUGGAAACACAACUAUGAAGAGCGACGCCUCCUGGAGCCUGCCGAGCGACGGCGGUUCCGCCGCGCCUUGUACCGUCUGUGGCUCUACACAAGGGCGUUUCAUAAUCGAGCACAUCCCCGUGAGACACGACUAUACCGGCCCAUUGUCCUUGAGCGCGCCGCUCUCCUGCACAACUGGACCACGGCCGAGCUCGCAGACAUUGAAGACGUGCGUGAAAUCGUCCGCGACGUGCUGCAGUCGCAAAUAUGUCCCAGUAACGGGACGAUUCAGCGGAAAUUCCGAAAACGGUUUCCGGAUACAGACACGCAGUUGUUGUUCAAUGUCCAUUUGAACUAUCCACCUCCUGCGCCGUCAUUGCAUACGUAUUUUACCCAACCGCAGAGCAAUAUGCCAUCUUAUGCACAAGCUACUGCGUCUUCGAUAACCAUUUCCCUGCCAUCACAGCAUGAAUCGGCCGUCGCCGGCACGCUUGACGCAGGAGGAACCACUGAAGAAAAUGCCGAGGAGACCGACGCUCUCAACCCACCAUCAGCAUUCGCAAACACCUUUUACUCCUAUUCUCCAUAUGACGGAGCUUCUUCCUACUCAGCAUCUUCUCGCACCUCAGCGCCCGCAUCAUCAACAACAUUCUCAUCCUGGCCCCCGCCGCCACUCUCCUCCUCUCUAGCCAACAAUGCUAGCAUCGUCGGAGGACAUUACGCGCCCGGAAGCGGAAGAAACACGUACUUUUCCAAAUCCCCCUUUGCAUCACGAACGCCAACUUCCAAAUACCGCCCAACCCCGACCCACGAGCCCGGCGCCGAGGGCUGGGGUGACGAAAUCCCACACUACUAUGUCGUCGAGGACAUGCUCAAACUCGACCCCGCCCAGAUUCUCUACCUGCGCUCCCACGCCCCGUUUAAGCGCCAAGUCGAGCAGUUCGUCCGCAGCCUCGGCGACUGGUUUGAGAAUAAUGGCGAAACAUUUUCCCAGACCCUCGAGUGGGUCCUGGAUGAGCGUGGUACGUGCGUGGAUGAGUUUAGGGAACUGCUUGAGGGUGGGGAUAUUGGUGUAGUUGGAAAGACUCUUGAAAUUUGACACCCCUUCCCCCUUUAGCGUUUUCUGCGGUUUGGCAUUAUCUGUUAUUCCUUUUUUUUUUUCCUUUUUUUUUAACUUUCCCUUUUUCCUUUUUUUCUUCUUCUUCCCUGUUCCACUUGAUCCCAUUCAUUGGGUUCUCCCUUACGAAUUUCUAUUCGAGUUCCUUCACUCUGUCAUACUCUGUCAUAACAUAGCUGCACAUCAGGAUAUUAAUGCCUCUGAUAAAACUGUGCCUCAAUCAAUCACAUAUCAACAUCAAUAUCAAGUAUCAAGUUAC